AUGUCGGCGCCUUCUUCUGACCGCAGGUCGAAACAGUCGUCGCCGGCCCAGCCUCCUGUUGGCCUCGCUGCGGCCGGCCGACCUGCACCGGGCCCUAGUGCAACAGAGACGUCGCAAGCGGACGCCACGGAGCGACCAGGCGGUGGGAAGAACGGCGAAAGUGGGACCGACGAGCUGCGCGUAGAAUCGUACCGGCGCUCCGACUCGCCUCGUGAGGUCAACGCGGCGACGACGGCAAGUGCUGGUCUAGCCGUGGGCAGCAACGGACGACCCCGUUUGACGAUCGACAGGCGUAGUCUGUCAGUCAACACAGGAGCCCUCGGCCGCAGCCCUGCCCCACCCCUCUCGCCAUCGGCUGCCCAGUGGCAGAGCCUGGAGCGUCCGCAAAUUGCAUCGUCCGGCGUUGUCUCUUCCAGCGUCACCAACAUGCAUCCGCGAGACUCGACCUCUUCGGCGAGGCAGGGGCAGUCGCUCGCCACCAUGCACGAGGAGGACCAACACGUCAACAGUGUUUACCAUGAGGUGACGGGCCCGCUGUCGGCUGACGCGGGACUUGCCUUCGCUACCGACCUGCAAUCAGCGUCGUCGGGCUGGGGCGAGCUUGGCGAGGGCAAUCUCCGAGCUUCGCGCCACCGAUCGACGUCGAGCGCCGCCGCCCUUGCGCUGCACGGUUCGGGAUCGUUGGCCCUCGGCGCCGCCGAACCGCACCCCUCACUGUCAACGGUGCGAAUCGGUUCCGGAUCGUCGGCAAGGUCGAUCUGGGAGCGCGAUCCUCCGCCGGGCGAGGCGUUCGGAUAUGUCGGCAGGUACCGGACGGGCUCCUCGCCACACACGUUCCAUGCUGCUGUCCAGCGCGGCUUCAGCUUCUCAUCGUCGUCCAUGCAAGGCGGGAGCGCUGCCGAUGUCCAUCAAUCGGCGCAUCCGGGGUUCCUCCGGGACCGCGGCCUGUCGAUCGGCAGCAACGCCAGCGCCAGCACCAGCAGCAGCGCCGCGCCCUUGCAUGACGCUUUCCCCUUCUCGCACCCAGGACUGCUGGCGGAGAAGGUCGCUGACGGCGCCACGGGCAGCUACUUUCCUUCGGCAGGGUUCGGUCAAUCGGCUUUCUACGCCGAUCCCGUCACGGGCCAAGCCGGCGGUACCGAGUCCCGCCGCCACUCAAUCGCAGGCGAUGUGACCCCAGACACAGGGGGCGCAUUCGGAGGGCAGCGUCGAGCCGUGGGCUUUGAGGUCAGCCGGACCAUCGGAUUCGGAGCCCCUUCUCGAAGCGCCCACAGGCAGUCGACGUCCGGCAGGAACCGCUCGUCGUCCUUUGCGCCAUUUGGCAGCGGCAGCCUCGCGCUGACCGACGACGACCUUGCCGGGGACUCGGACUUUGUCCCGCUGCAAAAGGAGCUCGACCGUGCCAAGAAGGAACAGGAUCGCGAGCAGCAGCACCACUACGAACGACAUGAAGACGACGGCGGCUUCAGGGUGCCAUCCGGCACGGCUGCGGCGUCGGGUGCGCAUGCCGCCUCGAUGCCGUCGGGCUUCGGUCAACGCAGUGCCGGCGGCUUUGGCGCGAGUCCGGCGGCCUCGGUCCUCGAGUUCGGACGACAGCCUCACUCGGGGCGGCUGGCGCUCAACAGCAGCGGCGGGGCCGGCAUGGACAGCCUGUCGGCUAGCUGGGAUAUCAUGACGCCGUCCGCUCCAUCCAGUGGCCGUUCCCCGGACGAUCGCAGGGACAGCAUCGCGAGGAUGACCGAUCAGCUGCGGCAGACCACAAUCGGCAGCGGUCGAGGUGAUGUUCGCGGCCCGAGUGGACCCGAUCGGGCCAACGACGAUGGCCAUGCAGCGGGCACGGACACGGUCAAGGCUAGCCCUGGCGGAUCGCCGCGCCAGCCACAGCGCUUCUCGCUCUCGCCGACCGCCAAAGUGUUCCAGGGAAGCCAGCUUGGGAGUUCUACGGCGGCAUUGACCGCUGCUGAGAAUCUGUCGGCCCUAUCGGCAUACGACGGCGCUUACCUGAGGCAGCGAUCAUCGUCCAUUGCCGAUCACACCUCUCUGGGCACCGGCACCGGCACCGGCACCGGCACUUUCCAGCAACAUGUCAAUCUUGGUGGCCAUUACCACGCAGGUGUCGGAGGCCCCGGCAGCGGCGCUGCAGCCUUUGGACCUGCCCCUGCAGCGGGCUUCCAACCAUCCGCCGGAGCUGCUGGAGGUGUCGGCGGCUUCGCCGGCCCCUAUAUGGCGCCCGGGUAUUCGCUGCCGGCUCCGGCACAGCUGACCGACUUUGCCAUGAGCGGCCUGGCCAGUCUCGGACCCCUGCCGCCGCCCUCGGGAGGCGGUUCGGGCGGAGGGAGCGGCUUUGGUCCAGGCAGCCAACAGCAGACAGACCUGCAGGAUCUGGGCAAGGGGGUGCCGCUGUCCAGUCUCGCCAAGGAUACGCCGCUUUACAUUGUUGAGUUCAAGCAAGGCCGCACCGACCUCUUCUUCCGACCUCGCGGAGCCUCCGACGAGCACAUUGCGAAAGGCGACCUGGUCAUUGUCGAGGCCGAUCGGGGAAAGGACCUCGGAUCGGUCGUCAACGACAGCAUCACCGUCGAGCAGGUCCAAUCCUUCCUCGCGCAUCAGUCCGAGCUCGCCAUGAUUGCUGCGGGUGGCGGCGGCCGAGGCGGCACUUCCGACGACGCAACCUCCAGCGGCGGCGCAGGAGGUCUCGGCAGCUCGCCCAGCUCCCCGACCACGGUGCGACCGACACGCUCUAUCAACCCCAAGCGGCUGUUUGGCAAGGCGACGCCAGCCGACAUGAGCCUGCUCUACUCCAAGGCGCAGGACGAAGAGCGGGCCUUGCAGCUUUGUAUCACCAAAGUGGGCCAACGCGGCCUGCCGAUGACCAUCGUGGCUGCCGAAAUGCAGUGGGACCGUCGCAAACUGACGUUCUACUAUACAGCGAGCAUGCGGGUCGAUUUCCGCGACCUGGUCAAGGAGCUCUUCCGGCUCUACAAGACAAGGAUCUGGAUGUGUCACCUCGGCCACCCCAGCGGCACCGGCAUGAUGUGA